UGAGGCGCUUUACUUGUACGUCACGGCUGCUGAGCGCACACAGCAUAUUAUACUUGUACAUGUCUAUGGCGGGGCGGAUCUACUAGCUGCCUGUCUGUUUAUUCAGCCUGUUUUAUACCCGUGUUUUGAUAUGGCGGACGGUGAGCGAUCACCGUUACUGUCUGAUCUCGGUGACGGAGGUAAUGGUGGAGUGUUACCCGGAAUUACGCCGUAUGGCCUGCCAACCAAACCGCAAAGCUUCCCGCCGUUCCCCAGCCCCUCCCAGCCCUCGGUGCUGCCGGGGGAAGACCCCCCCCCGUACUCCCCCCUCACCUCGCCCGAGAGUGGCAGCGCCCCCGUCAUCAGCUGCAGGGUCUGCCAGAGUCUCAUCAGCGUGGAGGGCAAGAUCCACCAGCACGUCGUCAAGUGUGGGGUGUGCAACGAGGCGACGCCCAUUAAAAACGCUCCUCCAGGAAAGAAGUACGUGCGCUGCCCCUGUAACUGUCUGCUCAUCUGCAAGAUCACGUCCCAGCGCAUAGCCUGCCCCCGCCCAUACUGUAAGAGGAUAAUAAAUUUGGGUCCAGUCCACCCGGGUCCCGCCAGCCCAGACCCCCAGCCUGCUGGAGCCAGGGUCACCUGUGGGCACUGCAGCAACACCUUUCUGUGGACAGAGUUCACAGAUCGCACCCUGGCCAGAUGCCCUCACUGCAGGAAAGUCUCUUCCAUUGGUCGAAGGUACCCCAGGAGGCGGAGCUUAUGGUGCUUCCUGCUGUGUUUGCUUUUCAGCAUUGCCACAGCUGGCUUGGUGGCUGGGACGUGGCGACAAGCCCAGCGCUUCGGCGGGAUCUACGCCUCCUGGGCCCUGCUCCUCCUGCUGGUUCUGCUCAGCCUGGGGAGGGCGCUUUACUGGGUCUGCCUGAGGAUCAGCCACCCCCUACACAGCCUCUCAUAGAGGGAGGAAGAGAGGAGGGAGAGAGAGAGAAAAGAGGGAGGUGUGACGGGGGAGAGAGAGAGGGAAGAGGGGGGUGGAAAAUGUUAAAGAAGACAUAAAAGCAGGAAAGUAAUCUUAUUAGACUGUGUUCCGCCUGUACACACAGGAGUCCUCAGUGUCCUGUGAUGGCGGCUUCACUGUCAGCAUUCAACCCUUCUGUCCUCCUCUACUCGCCCAGCGCCCUGGCCUGCUACUGUGUCCUCCCUGUAACGCCCCGUAACACCCUGUAAAGCCCUGGCCCUCUGCUGUGUUCCUCUUCAUCUUCAUCUUCAUCUCCAACUGCACUAUUACUCAUAUUACUAUUACUGCAGUCACAUCUCACCCCUCUAUCCCCCCUCCCUCUCUCUAUCCCCCCCUCCCUCUCUCUACCCCCCCUCCCUCCCUCUACCCCCCCUUCCCUGAUUGCCCCACUGAAUUGCAGCUGUAGUAGUCUGUCCCUCUGGCUGAACCCCAACCUUAGUCUGUCCCUCUGGUGUGAUGUGCUCUAUUUAUCUACAUGGGCCUGAACGCACCCAUCAUUCACCAUCAGACUGUUUAGUGUGUGAAAACACACACAUGCUCACACACACACUCACACAUGCACACACACACACACACAAGCACACACACACACUCCCACAUGCUCACACACACUCACACAUGCUCACACACACACACACAAGCACACACACACACACACACAAGCACACACGCACACACUCACACAUGCUCACACGCACACACUCACACAAGCACACACGCACACACUCACACAUGCUCACACGCACACACGCACACACUCACACAUGCUCACACGCACACACUCACACAUGCAAACACACACACUCACACACACACUCACACAAGCACACACACUCACACAAGCACACACGCACACACUCACACACACACACACACACACACACACACACACAUGCUCACACACACACUCACACAUGCAAACACACACACACACACGCACACACGCACACACUCACACAUGCUCACACGCACACACUCACACAAGCACACACACUCACACACACACACACACGCUCACACGCUCACACACACACACAACAGCAGCAAGGCCCCUUUCCUGAAGUACUAACCGUGUUUUUUGUAUGUUUAAAUAUUAUUUUUUAUUGCUGUAUCAAUUGUACAUAAUUGUUUUAUUUUGGUAUUUUAAAAUCUUUAUUUGAAGGAACAUGUUGCACUACAUCUAUGGAUAAAUCAUUUACUCAAUUAUGUUUUAGCAAAUUUCAUUUUUGUACAUUCUUAGAUUUUUUUAAUAUAUUGAACAUUGUUGGUUACUAAGCACUGUGAGCUUGGCUGCUGUGUGUGUGUGUGUGUGUGUGUGUGGGAGUGUGUCUGUGUGUGUGUGUGUGUGUGUGUGGCCACGAGGCUGUGGGAGUGUGUCUGUGUGUGUGUGUGUGUGGGAGUGUGUGUAUGUGUGUGUGUGUGUGUGUGUGUGUGUGUGGCCACGAGGCUGUGGGAGUGUGUCUGUGUGUGUGUGUGUGUGUGUGUGUCUGUGUGUGUGUGUGGGAGUGUGUGUAUGUGUGUGUGUGUGUGUGUGUGUGUGUGUGGCCACGAGGCUGUGGGAGUGUGUCUGUGUCUGUGUCUGUGUGUGUGUGUGUGUGUGUGUGUGUGUGUGUGGGAGUGUGUGUGUGUGGGAGUGUGUGUGUGUGUGUGUGUGUGUGUGUGAUGUAAAUAUUGUGUGCUUCGCUGUGCUUCGCUGUGCUUGCCUGGGUAAUUGGGUGGUGAGGAGAGUCCGGUACUAACGAAGGUCCUUGUGUUCUAAAACGAUGAUCAUGGCAUUAGUGAAUAUUUUAAUAUUAAGAUCAUAAGAAUGAAGUCAUUAAUUAUGAUUGAAUUGUAGCUGUGGAAUUACUGCAUUGGUUCUCAAUGAGCACAAGCUUUAGAAGAGCUCUGCUUCCUGUGUGGCAGGAGGCCGGUGUAGUGCUUCUGUAUCUGUGUUCUACACCAUGUCCUGAGUGAGGAGUGUCACUGACAAUAAACAUAAUAAACGCACUCUUUACAUA